GCAACAAAUCCUAACUAAACCAUUAUUCAAUUGAAUUCUCUCUUUCUUUAUUCUGUCUUGCAACAAUGAGAUCUCCAUAUUGUUCUGAGCACAAUAAGAACUUGAAGAAAGGACCAUGGACUCCGGAGGAGGAUCAGAAGCUUAUUGAUUACAUCAACCAACGCGGCUAUGGAAGCUGGAGAUCGCUUCCCAAGCUUGCCGGCUUGAAUCGGUGUGGCAAGAGUUGCAGACUGCGAUGGACGAAUUAUCUUAGGCCUGAUAUCAAGAGAGGAAAAUUCACAGACCAAGAAGAGCGUAUCAUCAUUGACCUUCAUGCAGCUCUCGGAAACAAGUGGUCGAAAAUUGCAAGCCAUCUUCCAGGGCGGACAGAUAAUGAAAUCAAGAACUUUUGGAACACUCGUAUAAGGAAGAAGCUUCUCGGAAUGGGAAUUGAUCCGAGCACACACAAGCCAAGGGCUGAUUUUAAUCAACUUUUGAGUCUUUCCCAUAUGAUUUCUGCAGCACCAUUUGGGAAUUUGAUGAAUCCUUGGGAUAAUUUUGCUCUUAGGUUACAAUCAGACGUCUCUCAACUGGCCAAAAUCCAACUUCUGCAGAAUCUUCUGAAGAUUAUGAGUGCAAGCCCCUCACUUGUUCCAAACAUGGAUAACACCAGUGCUCUUUUAGGCUACCAAAAUCUUAGUCCAUUAUUUCAAGGUCAUGUUGUGCUUCCCCAUGAUGAUUCUCUGAAUCAGGGCUCAAUCUCUCAAGCAAGUGAGCAAGACCUGCAGGCUCUUGCCGAUUCUUGGACGUGCUCGGAAGAUCUUGAUGUUGUUAAUAAUAACGUUAAUGGCGGUUACUGUCUUGAAAACACACUUCCUCAACUGGUUUCAGUCUCUAAUGAGAAGCCGACCAUCAGCCAAAUGGAAAGCAAGGGCAACGCAACGCAUCUCUCCACCAGCUCAUCACCAGCCUCCUCUACUAUCGAAGACUGGAAGAAACUCUUGGACAAUGAAAGCAGUGAUUCUUACUGGGAAAAUAUCCUAAACCUCACAUCCUCAGAGUCAUCUCACAUCUCCUGGUAGAAAAAUCUAUUGCUAUGACAUCAACACUCGAUAAAAGGAAAGAUUGAUCGUGAUAAACUGUAAAUUUUUCAUUUUUUGAAGUUCUUUCAGUUACUUUGUGCAUUGAGGCCGCUU